UGGAGGUAGCAAGUCGGCGGGGGGAGGGGAAGCCGUGUGGAGCCGCUGUCGAUGCGGAUUGAAGGGGGUCGGGGAGAAGUUGUAUUGUAUCACACCCCCGAGCAACGCGGAAGAAGAAGGAGUCGGAGCCGCGUGAAGGCACAUUGCACCGACAACGGAUAUACAAAGUCUGGAAGUCGCCGAGCGCUGUCCCCUGCUGGAGUUUGUGUCAGGCGCUCGGCAGAGGCGCUCAGGAAACACCGCUGCUUCGGUUGAGGCCUAGUGUGUUUUGGGACUUUGGGACGUGCGGACGCGUUCUGGGCUCCGUCCAUUGGGGCAGGCCUGGUCCUGCCAAGACGGACUUCCAGAGGAACGCUGGAAGAAAAGAUUAUCGGACCCUUGCGGCCACGGGCCUGUCUAAAGGUUUCCUCAUGUCCGUGAAGAGUCUCUCGUCGCUUUGCGGCUUUCCGCCCUCGGUGUGGUCAGUCGCUGCGAUCCCGACCCCGUGAUUCUCCCCGACCGUAGUGCCGGACGUCAUGAGCAUUGUAAUCCCUCUGGGAGUCACCACACCAGAUACAUCCUACUCAGACAUGGCCGCCGGAUCAGACCCUGAAUCAGUUGAAGCCAGCCCAGCAGUUACCGGAAAGAACAUCUAUGCAACUCACAAUUACCCAGGCAGCCAGAGCCACGGAUAUCGGGGUCUGCCGUAUGCAUCACCCACUUUACAGGAUCACAAUUACGGAGCUCCUCCACCACCAACACCGCCCGCCUCCCCACCUGUUCAGGCUAUAAUCCCACGUGCAGAACUCAAUGGCGUUCACUCACCUGAAGACGAGGAGAAUUCUGGAGACAGCGAUACUUCUUCUGAAGGAGAUGGGAUCACCAACUGGUGCCACUGCAAUAACUCUGCAGACGGGUUUCUUGUAAAAUGCGAGAAAUGCAGGGGUGUAAACAGAGGAAAAGUUAUUCAGCUGAAUCGUCGGAAGCAAGACAAUGUCUCAGGGGGUGAGAGCAGUGCUACAGAAAGUUGGGAUGAGGAGCUUUCUCCAUCAACGGUCCUCUAUACAGCCACCCAGCACACACCAACAAGCAUCACUCUCACUGUCAACAGAGUGCGGAGAAGUAAACCAAAAAAGAGGAAGAAAAGUACAGAAAAGGCUCGCAAUACCCCCAAAACCAAAAAGAUUAAGGCUUUUCGGGAAGGUUCCCGCAAGUCUUUACGUAUGAAGACUUCACCUUCCGAUGCUCACACAUUGGAUGAAAAUACCACGGAGGGCUGGGAGAACAGGAUCAGGCUUUGGACUGACCAGUAUGAGGAGGCAUUUACUAACCAGUAUAGUGCAGACAUGCAGAACCUUUUGGAGAGGCAUGUACGUGCUAACAAAGACCUGGCUGGAAAAGCGGAGCUGCCUGAAACUAUAAAAAAGGCAGAACUGUCGUGUAACAACACCGUCGUAGGAUCUCAAAUGCAGUUUCAGCUUGGAAGGGUGGCCCGAGUGCAAAAGCAUCGUAAGAUACUCCGUGCAUCCAAGGAUUUGCCAGUAAACACUCUUGUAAUUGAAUACCGGGGCAAAGUUAUGUUACGGCAGCAGUUUGAAGUCAAUGGACACUUCUUCAAAAAACCGUACCCCUUUGUGCUUUUUUACUCCAAAUUUAACGGCUUGGAAAUGUGUGUGGAUGCACGGACCUUCGGUAAUGAUGCCAGGUUUAUCAGACGUUCCUGCACGCCCAAUGCUGAGGUCAGGCACGUGAUUGCAGACGGGAUGGUUCAUCUCUGCAUUUAUGCUAUUGCUGCUAUAGCAAAAGAUACAGAGGUCACCAUUGCCUUUGAUUAUGACUACAGUAACUGUAGUUACAAGGUAGACUGUGCGUGUCACAAAGGCAACCGUAACUGUCCCGUUCAGAAGAGGAACCCUAUUACUGGAGAACAGCCGCCUCCUACUCCCAUUCCACUGUCCAUAGGGGCAGAGACGAGGCAUCGCAAGGCUCGGCGAAGGGAGUUAGAAAAGCAGGGUUUUGUAGUAGAUGAAAGCACCAAUCAUGAGAAUGAUGAAGCGGCUGAAGCUUCUGCCACAGAUGUCCUAACCGGUGACCAUGAGAUUCAAGGGGACGUUGCAACUAAAGGCGAAGAUACUAAAGAGGAGGAGGUGGGAAUAGUGUCCAGGACGAGAAGGUCAAGAGAUGACAAGAAAGCAGAGCUUCCUCUGCACACGUCUGAAGGCGUGGAUAGAAGAAGGCGACGCAAAGAACAGCCUGCAGAACAAGCUGCUGUUGAACCUGAGGCGCCUUCUGUUCCUGAAGUCCAGGCAGCAGUGGAUCCGACCGCCCCAGCAGAUGAUCCAGAGCCAGAAUCUCAAAGUCCCGUGGAUGUAGAAGCUGCACCCAAUCCUACCCAGGGUGUAAACACUCGGAGGUCUUCUCAGGCACAGGACACCAACUCAGAGAAACCUGCCCCUAAACCAGUUCCACCAAAAUCCACUAGACCUCGCCCCAAAAGCCGCAUGUCUAGGUACCGAAGUGCCUCAGCACAACGGUUAAGAAGACAAAGGCAAGCUGUGGCUCAGCAAGUGGAGCUAGCACCCCCAGUGCCGGAGGAAGGGACUGCAAGUUCCGCCACAACAGAGCCUGGCACCACAGAAAAUCUAGGCUUAGGUGAUGCACUGCAGGGCUCAGAGUCUCCAGCAGUUAUCCAGUUGGUGACCCUGCCAACGCGUUCUGGCCUUAAAUACCAUAAAGCGAAAAAGUACCCAAUCAAUGAGUGGCUAAAUGAUAAGGUGGAGAAGCAGGACUGUCCCAUUGAUCACCCUUUGCGGAUUACUACGGAUCCAACUGUUUUGGCAACCACCCUUAACAUGCUCCCUGGACUAUCCCAUUCCCCGUCCAUCUGCACCGCUCCCAAACACUACAUACGCUUUGUGUCUCCAUAUAUGCCAGAGAGGCGAAGGAGACCUCCAAAGGCGGAUGGCACUUAUGGGUCAUGUAAAAAGCGCUGGAUUAAACAAGCAAUGGAUGACGACUUCUCACAACCUGAAAGCCCUGUACAGGAAAAAUCCCAACCUUUAUACCAAAGCAAUGAAAACACCUCGUCUUCCAGUGAUAACACUGGAACCAAUACAGAAAUCGCAGCUCCCUUUAAAAAAUGGAAGAUGAAAUACAUCUUAGAAGAAAAUACAGCAAUGUUAUCAAGUCCUGUGCCGUUCCCCCCUGCACUUCCUAACUCUGUAACAACAGACUCUCUAAGUCCGAUGCAGACGACACCGAGCUCUUCCCUUCCUGGUGAAGAGGAAUCCAGAUAUGGAUAUGGACUUAUGUUCUCUCCCAUCCCUUCUCUUGCUGCUAGUCGUUGUAAUACUCCACUACAGUUUGAGAACAUCUCCUCCCCUGAAAGCUCCCCAGCGCAUAGGCCCGAGUCCCUGUCACCAGAGCCUUGCCUACGGACUGAUGCAGAUUUGCCAAAGGCCAGUUUCUUGGAUAUAUCCAUGGAGAAUUGCCAGGAGCUCCAAACCACAGUUAACACCAGUCUCGGUGAUCUUGCUUCACAGUCUCCAAGCACAUCUUUGCCAUACAUUGGCACAUCAGAAGCAAAUGUUUUAGUAAAAGGAGGGGAAGGAUCAACGCUGCUAAGAACGUCGGAACAGACUUUCCGGACGGAGUUCAAUUUAAUGUAUGCUUUCUCCCCUUUGAACGCAAUGCCUCGGGCCGAUGGCUCAUUACGUGGGUCCCCUCUUGUUGGGGAAAGAAAGCCUUCCCAAUCAGAUAUGUACUGUGGCUCUCCUGUAGAGGCCUAUUAUACUAGGUCUGUUCCUGGACUUUUGAAAGAAUCUGCACAAGGAUCUAUGUCUCCUUGUAGUGAUAGGACUUGCGAGGGGGUCAGAUCUUCACCACAAAAUCCACCUCAGAGGAAAAAGGUAUCUUUGUUAGAAUAUCGAAAGCGAAAACAAGAAGCCAAGGAAGUCAUGUCUUCUCCGCGAGGGGACAUUAUACGCUGUGCAGGGACACCAACACGCCAGAGCAGCAAUGGGUCUAUUUCUGAUACAGACCUGUCGGGUGCUCUGCAGCUUCAAGCUCCAUCUUCACCACAAAGUGGCUUCUCUUCUCCUGUUCACCCCUCCAUGCCUCAGAUUGAGGAUAUCAGCCCCACAGAAAGAACAGUCAGCGCUUCUUCCAACUGCAAGCAAACAGAGAGCAUCAGCAGCAGAUGGAUGGUUCCAACAUCGGUAGAACGACUACGCGAGGGGCAGGGAUUCCUAGAGCGAGUUUUGAGAGGUGGGGUUAAGGUGUCACAAAGAGGGGAGAUGUCGCCUUCUAGGGAGAGCAGUCUGGACAGAGAGUCAGAAGAUGGAGAUUCUGAGAUGCUGAGCCCAGCUAUUUCUAAAGGACCAAUCGUUUACAGCCCUUCUAGAUACAAUUAUCAGUUCCUGCAGUGUGAUAGUCCUCAGUCAGAGCCGGUCAGCGUCCUCUCCCAGAAUUCAUCCCCUUUCCGUGGUCCCGCAGCUCAGCCUGGUGGAUUCAGCUAUAGGACACCACAGAGGACAGGACACAGCCACACAGAGUCCUCUGUCAUUUCUUCUUCUUUCUCAAGUCCUUCCCAUAUUACUUCCACAGACUCUCCCACUGCUCAGAGCUCUGGGUAUUACAACAGCCAGCAGCUUUAUGGAAGCAAUGCUGGAACGUGUCCGCCAAGGAAAAGCUUCCAUCACCGAGGCCCCAGCCGUGAGGCAAGUCCAGCGCGAUUGCUCAGGACAGACUCUGUUUCCUCAGACUCUCAAGCCAGCACUGGGGCUUCUACUAAUUCCUCCACCCCACAGGGGUCGAGAUCAGACUCGAGAACUAUAACCAUGUCAGGCUCCAGGAUAACAGCUGUGUCCAGUCCGCAGCAUUAUUCGCAACGAGGGUCUGGCGUUCAACAGUACCGGCUGCAGCAAAUGCAAGCCUCGGGAGUAAAAACUCAGACUGGCCUUUCCUAGGACUGCUAGAGAGGAAAGAACAGGAUAGCACUAUCCCUAAGCCAUUCCUGGACCUACAGAUGGCUCAGACCUGCACCUGAUGGACCUGGUGUGCCGGUCUAGGACUGAGACAGGUGGAGGCUAAAUUUGCUGAUCACAUCGGUUCCCCUCACUCUACACACUCACGUUGCAAGAAAACAGACAGACAUCUUGGGAAAUCCACAAAACAACGAUAAAAAAAACAGUUGUGUAGACCUAUAAUCAAUACAAUUACUCGGUUUCUCUCUCUGUAUCACCAGAAACCACCUGUAGUCACUUGUGCAGUAAGGACAACGUUUAUAUGAUUUAAAUAUAAAAAAAUAAUAAAUGGUUAAAAUUUAAGCUGAAUUAUAAGGACAGGGAGAAGGGGACUUAAAGAAGCACCUAAAAAUUGUAGCAUCAGGUUAUAACAAUUAUUAUUUUUUUAGGGGAAGGGGGAUAAGCAGGGAAGGGGCUACUGUGUUCAUAUCCUCCUUACGUCUGCAGAUCUGUCCUUCCAUUCCUGUUUUGGCACCACCAAUACUGAUUGGAAUGACAGAGAGUUUCUGAAGUGAGGUUAUGGAUCCAGUUCUAUUUUUCACUUUUUUUUCAGGAAGGGAGAAGUGUAACCUCUUGACAAAUCAGCAUGGUUGUAGAACAAGAGUACCUUAACCUGCGUCUCUCCUCCCAAAGCAAAACUACAACUCCCACCAUGCUCUGGCAGCCACCGAAUGUAGUUUUGCUACAGCUGGAGAGCCGCAGGUUGAGGGGCAUUGCUGUAGUCACUGUUGAAAAUCGUGUUAUAAUUGGUAAGCUUGGAAAAUAGAAAUUUUAAAAUCCAGAAAAAUGCAUGAAAUUGGCGGUAACCCACUGCUCGGUAUGAUCUGGCUUCCAUGUUUUAUUGUAGGCAUUCCAGUGCUAGCACCAGUCGUUCCGUGUCAUAUUAUUUUUUUUGUGUGUGUGUGUACACCAGUGAUUCUACAGAAUUGAGUUUCUACAUUUUGAUAUUUAUUUUAAUAUCAAGUACUGGAUGGGCCAGUGACCAUAACUGCUGUAAAUAUAGAGCAGACCCGUCGCAAGUGAAUCCAAGGCGGUGCUACAUCUGUUACUGCACAGCCUGGCCGGUAGACAGAUGGAUGUGUGUGUGUAUAUAUGUAUAUGUGUGUGUGUAUGUGUGUAUAUGUAUAUAUAUAUACACACACAGACACACACUUGGUUCUCUUGUAACAACUGUACACAGAAUUUUCAUGUUCCAGGUAAAUGCUGCAUUGUACUAUGCUGUAUAGUAAUUGACACAAUAAUGGUAUCUAUAUUUUUGUAUGGAAAAAAAGAAAAAAGUUUUUGUUUUAUUGCAUCAAAAUAUUCUCUAUUGUACAUGUCGAAAGCAGGGCGUCCCGCGGCAUAACGUCUGGAGGCCGGUUAAAGUCCAUGGUUGAAUAUUUGCAUUGACUGCUAGGUAUGGUCACCUGUAAUCAAGUGUAGGCAUUUUUGGCUGGGCAGAUAUUUGAUCUGUUACUCUAACCAAAUGCAAAUGGUUUCCAAUGUAUCGCAGCUUACAUAGACCUAUAUUGUGAGUAGUAGGGAGACGCUUGGGGGGUUGCUUACCAUGUCUCAAUGGUACUUUGACCCGUGUAAACCCGAGCUCAGCAAACAGUGAAGAAUUCUGUGUUUUUUUUUUUAUCUUGUCAAGAUGGAGCUGACAGUAUCCACUGACAUUCAGCAUCUAAGGUUAGGUUCGCCCUGACCACGUGUGCGUACUGUCAGCUUCAAGGAAUCUCUUGCACUGUGAGUUGAGCUUUGCACUUGAAAAUGUAGUCAAGACAUCUGACAACGCUUUCUAUAGAGAACCAGAGGCCUCAGUCUUUUUGCCCUAUUGGGAGCCAUGACAGGAAUCUGAGUAGCAAUGAAGGGGUUUAGGUUCUACGGGAGACCCUGCGCCCCUUCAUUUUAAGGGUUCAAGUGAAUUUCGUGAAAUGCUAGUGAAAAAUAUUUAGGCGAAAAAAAAAUCAUAAAGGGGCUUUCUUAAAACACGCAAGACCCUCUGAUCUUCUAGCUACUUCCCCCGUCAUGUACACAAAAGUAAACCACUUGAAUCGCGUCAAUCUGCAAAUAUUCAAGCGUCUGUCACAAAAAAAGGCCUCCAAAAUCCAAGAAACAUUGGAAAUCCCGUAAUCCAUGUUUUAUUUUGCUGCUUCUGUCUGUUCCCCCGACUGUAAAGUCAGACACUUAUUAAUUUUAUUUUCUCCAUAGAUUUAUUUUUUUAUUGCUUUCGGGGAGAUAAAAGCUUGAGUUAUACCAAAAAGUCAAUGCCCCCUCCACCCAGGUCAUCAACCCCCAUUUACUUUUUAACAUCGGGCAGAUGCUUUUUACGUUUUGUAUUCAGUUCUGAGCAUUGUGUGCUAUCUAGAAAACCCGGAUGUUCUAAUCUACGGUGCUACAUCGACUCCUUGUCACGUAACAUAAUACUGUGAGUCUCUCCCUUCUCCGAUUUCCCCCCCCUCCUCCAUUCUUCUCUCUCUCUCUCCAGGUCUCCGAUCAGCAGUUGUCCUAUAAUUUUUAUUAUUACGGUUUCGUUUGGUGACUGUUACAGAGUAUCGCCCAUUGGAUUAACAAAUCAUGUGUCCUUUCUAAUAGCAAGAAGAAAUUUCUAUGAAAAAAUGUAAGCAAAAAUAAGGAAAUAAGUUUAUAUCCCCCCUCCCACCCCCAAAUAUUUUUUUAAACUGCCUGAUUUCUUUCCAGGUUUGUACAACUGUGAGACUGGUUAGGGAUGGAAAUCACGUCACCCUUUUUUGGGGUCUUGUAUACUGUAUAUUAUGUGUGUAUAAACAUCACAGGGUCUGUAUCGCAAGCCUCCACUUUCUGCCGGGUCUCGCGACGCACGGCCAAAUGCCUCAAUAAUGGCUGACAUGGGGUUUUUGUUUUUUUUCCGCAUUUGGCAGCACAUUUAUAAAGAUCGGUCCGUGGGGCGAGGUCACAGAAAGGAGCCGACCGCUGUCAUCACUCACGCGGAGUUUUUACACAAUGAUGUAACAUUUGAUCUUUCAGAAGAGAUGUAAUAAUUUUGAUAAUAAAAUACUUACCUUAA